GGUCAGUGUGAGAAGCAGCUGUUCAGGGCUGGUGAAAUUCCAACAUGGCAGUGGCUGUGGUCAGUGUUUCCUGCGCUAACUUGGGAUGGUUUCAGCUCGCACGCAACCCGGCUUAACCUCGGCACCCCGUUCAUCAGCAGCACCCCUUCCCGGGAUCGAUGCGACCCUAACCCCCCACACGUGAGAGGUCGACCUGUCGCUAAAAAAGCAGGUAAGAAAGGGUCGUCUGCUGCCUCUGCUGCUGCUGCGUGUGCAAUUACACAGAGUGGUCAGAGCAGACGGCGCGUCUGUGCAGAGAGCGAGAGCAGCUCGUGCGCGCUGUUUAUCUCGGAAUAAUACACGUGCACUUCGCGAUUUAACAAGUUCCCCCGAAUUGCGAACGAUACCCGCGCGUGAAUUAGCGGUGCAUUUUUCCACCCAAACAUGUGAUUUUUGGAAGUAGCGCACCUGCGCCACGGUUUAACCGCACAGGCUUGGCUUGCACUAUAAGCUGCCUGUUUCAUGUCUCGGCUGUGCGGCACUUCGCUAUAAAGAGAGAAAAACACAACUUGCUUGCAUGAGGACGCCUCUCCAGUCUGCAUCGGGCUCCUGCGGCUUCUGUUACAACAAGUUGCCGUGUGCAUGCGUGCAGAGAGCGGAUACAAUGUCACCGCAGCAUGUAUUUUUUACAAGCUUGGACGUUUUCAGGCGUUCGCAACAGAUUUAACUUGACUCCGGGCGUCAUUUCCCAAACAAUCCGAGCUGCACCAGUUGAUUUCUCUCCCUCCCUCUCCUCUCUCUCUCUCUUUCUCUCUCUCUCUCUCUUUUCCGCCUGUCAUCCACUUUCUAAUGACAUGCAUGUAGGUUAGAUGUCUCUCUUAUUCAGUUGCUCUUCACCCACUUUGCACAUGGCUUGUAAUCCGAGCUAGACCAAGCGCAAAAAAAAAAAAGUGUGUGUGUAAUGUAAAAGCCUUUCCUCCUCUUUUUUUGGGGGGAGAUCCUUCCGUUUUUUCUUUUUGCUCUUUUUCUCUCCACAAAUUAAUCCCAAUGCUCUCAUCUCCUCUUCCUCUCCCUCUUCCUCCUCCUCUGUUCCAGCACGAGAUGAUCAGCAGCAGCAGCAGCGUGUAUGGUGAGUCUGAAAUUUCAUCAACUUAUGCUUUCUGUGGAAAAAAUGAGGGAUUCAGUCGCAGGUGGAGGUGAGGUGUCUCUCUGCAAAACAAGGAAAUUUUAUGAUUGUAAUUUGAGUGAGUGUGUGAGACAUCUUUCCUAAUCUAAUCUUGGAUUUAAACCUUUAAUUUCUGAUCUAAUGGAUGGUUUGUUUCCUUUCAAAUUUGACUUUUACACCAUCUUGGUCAUGCCUUAUUUUGAAUUUAUAAUUAUCACUUUUCCAGAAAAAUCUUCCUAAGUGUGUGCAGAAUUUUCUCUGGAUUUGACAAUAAAAAAGGCAGAAAUUCACUUAGUUGGAGUCUUUUAGCAAGGCCUGUUUUUGCAAAUUCAGGAUGCAUCUUUUAAAUCAGGAUUUUUUUUUUUAUGGCAUACUUUAAGUUAUCUUACAUAAAUCUGAAUGAUGUGGCAAUUAUUCAAAUCUUCUGAAUGAAACAUGCUCAUUCAUGGCAGGAAUAAUCAGCAAACAUGACAGACUGAGGCCACAACUUUCUUCCAAAAUAGCUUCAAAAUAUGCACGUUCAAAUUCGUGAUAUUAAGAAAAAGCUGAUCUAUGGGGGCAGCGAGCGUCCACCGCUGCAGGAAGCAACAUCCACGCAGAACAAUGGUGGAUUGUUGGAAUUGAAAACAUCCAUCCCACCCUGUUGGUAGUGAGACCGACAGGCAAAGCAAGUGGGUGCAUUUCUAAUGAAUUUUCACAUUUUAGGAAAGAAAUAUUAAAACACCACUAUGCGCUUUUCGGUGUUUGCGACACACUUCCGCAAUUCUUUGUUUUUGUUGCAGUUAUUAGUAGGGACUCAACCUUUCACCUUUGAUCUCCCUCGCUCUCCCUCUCCCUCUCCCUCACUCUCUCUCUCUCUCUCACACACACACACACACACACAGAGUUAUUUGCACCGUGUCAUGUGCUGUUUCCUCUUUUAUCCUGUCAAUGCGCCUGUGUGUGUUUUACCCAUGCGGCCGGUGUAUAUACCACCUUGUAAACGUUUCUUUGCGCUCUCUCUCUCUCUCUCUUACACACACACACACACACACAAUUAUUUACUUCACGUCGUGCUGUUUUCCCUUUUUUUUGUUGUUGCGCAUGUGUGUGUUUUACUCAGUUGGCAGGUGCAUUUACCACUUUGCAAAACCUGUUUUUGCACUUUUAUUUGAGUGUGUGCCCACACUGCCAUAGAAAUUGCACUUGCUUUUAUUUGUACGAAACACUUUAGUCAAUAACAAAAUAAGUGCAUUUUUUGGUGCAAAUCUGCUGGUGCAUUGUCACAGUAAAUCAAAAUAGGUAGCUUUUUUAGCGCUUGUAUUUGCAAGUGUUUUGCGUAAUUAAAAUAGUGCUUCUUUUUAGACUCCUAUUAUUCUAUUCCUGUAGUCAUUAACGAAAUUAGUGCAUAUUUUGGCGCAGAUGUGCGAGUGCAACGUCACAAUCAAACAAAAUUGGUAGUUUUUUUGUGCUUUUAUUUGCUAGUGUGUGCCUGAAAGACUGCUUCUUUUCAUACUCUGUUACACUUUUCUUUCAGUCAUACAACAAACUAAGUGCAUAUUUUGGUGCAUAUUUUCAAGUGCAUCGUCAAAGUAUAACAUUCAAGGCAGCAUAUUUUUUUGCUAUUGUGUUUACAAGUGUGUACCCACACUGUCACAUACAUAACACUUGUAUUCAAUUAUACAUGGCUCUAAACACUUCAGUAAACAACAAAGUGUGUGCACAUUUUGGUGCGUGUUUUCAAGUGCAUCGUCACAAUAUAACACUUAAGACAGUGUUUUCUUUGCUCUUGUGUUUACAAAUGUGUGCCCAUCAAUAGGACACUUCAAUUAAAUCGUAUAUGGCUCCAAACCGUUAUAUAAACAACAGAGUAAGAGCAUGUUUCAGUGCAUAUGUACAAGUGCAUUGUGACAUUGCACCUUUUUCUGAAUUUUUUUGCACCUGUGUUUGCGUGCGUGCGUGUGUGUGUGUGUGUGUGCAAUCACUGUCAUCGUCUUUGUACUCUCAUAUGGCUGUUUGAACUUUAGCGGACAACACAUUAAGCGAACAUUUCGGUGCAUGCAUGUAAGUGCAUUGUCACUGUUAAAAUUUUUGCAACUUUUUUUUCAAAUUUGUAAAAAAAAACGUCACUUUUAUUCGUACGUUGAAAGACAGUACAGAACUCCUUUUGCUUUUGAAGGGAACCUCCUUGAUAUUAGGGGUCUGAUAGGGUGCGAGUUUGUGAAUUUGUGUGUGUGUUUGCAAGAGUGGAGGAAACCCAGGCGCACCGUGCAAGUGUCGGUUUUGUGUGUAAUGUAAAUAAUGUAGAUACUCAGCAGUCUGUUUAUUCCGCUAAGUGUAUUUGUUUGCUACAGUCCUUGGCUUAAGAUCCGUCCCUGUGCAUCGUCUGUGCGUGCGUGUUGCAGUGACAGUAGCAAUAAUCCCCCUCAUUAUACACAUAACAUAUUGCCUCACAUCCCCGGCAGCCCCCCGAUACAGCUAAUAGGGACAGAGAGAGGAGAGAUAAUAGGAAUAGAAGAAAAAGUGCUUUACAAACAGGCUCCCCUUUACACUGCCUUUAUUUAUCUAAAUACGGACUUCUCCCUCAAAUGAAUAGAGAGAGCUGGUGCGCGGCGAGGGUGGCUUAGCGACUCCCAGUGGGACAGUAUAAAUAAAUUAUCCUGACACUUUCUAUCAGUCUGUAAUGUUUACCAUUAAAAGCUGUUUUACCGUCCCAGAGCCACCGGCGUGCGAUCCAGCCGCCCCCCCGUGGGACUUCUGCCAGAUGUAAGACGAUGUGGGGAAGAAUUGUGCCUUUUUAGACGCACACGCACAGACAGAUAGAGAGAGAGACAUUUGUUCAUCUCGGCUGCAUCCAUAUCAGUGGAUUUCUCCUGUCUGCACGUCCUGACAAAGGGCCUCUUCAAACGAGAUCCAGCCAGGGUUGUCAUCUUUUAGCAAAUAUGUUAAGUGUUAUCUUUUGUGCUCUCGGCUCGCCGAGCGGAGCUGGACCCCAUGGGAGCCCGGCGCAUGCAAAUAGAACAAAUCCCUCUCGGACCUGUCUGUCUGUUUCACUCUCUCCAUCUCUCUCUGUCUUCUCAUCUCUCUCCCCCCCUCCUUCUCUCUCUUUUCUCCACGUUUGCUCGACAGUGCGUCAGCCUGUCUUGUCUCCUUGCUCUCAUCUAUUUCACUCUUUGUCCACUUACUCCCCUCCUCUCUCUCUCUCUCUCUUCCACUCUCUUUCUCUUUUUCUCUCUCUCCAUCUUCGUCCCAGAAGACAGAGCUGGGGCUGUGUGUCAGCUAGCACGACUGUGUAAGUCUUUGUGUGUUUCCCUGCAUGCUCGCUGACAGCCCCUCCUCGCUGAUCUAAGUUCCUCUCCCAGAGACGGCGGGCAGCUGUCGGGAGCACCACUGCCCAAAACAUGUCUCUCUUGGUGGAUGAGUGGAUGCCAGUCCCCUAAAAUCCUUGACACCAUGAUCCACUCAAUCCUCUUCUUCCUCUCCCCUCCUGUGGGGGUGUUUUGGCUGGGGGGCGGGGGGGAUCAGCGUGACUAUGACUGACAGUCACUGGUUGAUGUACCCCCCCCACCCACUCACACACACACUCACACACACACGCACUCGCGCAUCACAAAUUAUAUCCACCGUGCCCUCACACCUCACUCCCAGUGCUGACUGGUGAUUAUCCAGUCAGAAUCUGAUGGGUGUACUUAAAGACGAGGGGUAUCCACGCACAGCUGACUCAGGGUUGGAGUAAUACCUGCAGCUUACCUCUUCAACCCUGGUGCAACCUGAGGCGCAAGAACCAAUAUUGCGCUCUUAUGUAUCCCUUUAAAGAUUGACCUUUGUGGAAAUGUUUCUAACUAGUGAAUUAACUACUUAGUAGAAUGUUCAAUGCGUGCGCCCUGUCGAUGCACCUGUGUGUGCAUUUACCACUUUGUAAAUGUUUUUUUUGCACUUUUAAUUGAGAGUACCGUCAUUAUAAUUAUGCUUCCUUUACUCGCAUAUGUCAAAAUGCGCUUAUUAGACAGCAGAAUAAGUGCAUGUUUAGGCGCAUUUAAGAAGUCCAAGCAGCUUUUUUGCGCUUACAAGUGUGUGCCCAUGCUGCAUUUUCUGUAACACUCCAUUUGAAUUAUAAAUGGCUAAAUGCAGCCUCGCAAAACACAAAACAAGUGCAUAUUAUGGUGCGUAAGUUCAGGUGCAUUGUCAAAGACGGCAGUUUGGGCAGCCUUUUUUGCACUUGCGUUAGUGUGUUGUCAAAUGAUGCAUUUGAUUUAACACCCAUCUAAAAACAUCUAUGGGGGUAUGCACCUACGCAGACAGUAGAAAAGUGCAUAUAAUGGUGCAUAAAUUCAGGUGCAGUGUCACAACAUAACAGUUUAGGCAGCCUUUUUAUGAGUGUGUGUCCAUGCUGCAUUUAAUGUAACAUUCUAGUAUAAUCAUAUAUGGCUAUCCGCAUCCACACAAAAAUCAGUUGUGUAUUUUGGUGCAUAAGUUCAGGCACAUUGUCACGACACAACAAUUUACUCUUUAUUUUGCACCCUGAUUGCACCGAUCCCAUUUUAGAUAUAAAACUUCUGUGAAAUCUUACAUGACUUUCUCUCUUUCUCAAACAACAAAGUAAGUGCAUAUUUCAGUGCAUUGUGACAAGUGCAUUGUUACAAUCGGAAGCAUUGGUGCAUUGUUGCAAUUUGACAUUCAAGCCUAUGAUUUUGUGCUUGUAUGUGCCUGUUUGUGCUCAUAAUCUCACACAUGUGACUCUCUAUUUGAAUCCUGAACGGCUAUAUGUGUGCAACCAAAAACACAAGUGCAUAUUUUGGUGCAUUAGCACAAGCGCAUCAUCACAACUCAGCAUAUUUGGCAGCUUUUGAAGUGCUUGUACUGCGAUAGAAAUAACACCUCUAAGUUUGGAACUUGUUCGCUUGAUUAAAACAGUUCAGGUCUGAGUAACACUUCAGGUCCUUUUUCAGCCCAAACUGAUCCAAGAUCAGUGUCAAAUUUCUAGACUUUUUCUCCCUGAAUUUCCCGUCCUCGAGUAGAAAAUCCACCAAAACCAUUUCCAUGUUAAUUCCGGCGCUAAAAGCAUUAUCUCACUUUCUUUGAACUCUGAAUCCCCCCAAAUGUUUGAAGUUUCCUUGCUUUAUGUAAUGCACCAUUUUCAUAGGUUUUAAUCAAAUCAAAGCUGUAGAUUUUUCCUCUCUCUCCCUCCUACCUUCUUUUGCAAUCCGCUGCCCCCUUCUCUGAAUUUUAAGCAGACCCCCGUUCACCUCGCUUUACUCUUUACUAGCAAUCUGCACCACCCAUGGCCCGGAUUCUCUCACAGAUAUUAAAACAUUCAGCGUGGGGAAGUGUUAAAUAUGCUAAGGACUUAUUAAAAAAAAAAAAGAGAACCGAACUUCCUCUUUGGAAUAUUCAGCGCCAUUAGACCUUGAUAGACAUGGCGGCGUGAAGCUUAUCCUUUACAUUGUGUCUUCGAAAUGAGAAGGCGCCGCUUCUAAUUAGGUUAUUGCCAUGGAAGUCUUAAGUUAAAUUGUGCAUUGAUAUGCGGGGAAGCUCGCCAGCCAUUUGGCCCGACGAUGGAGGACGCCGCCGCCGCCGAGAGCCUUUUUUUUUUCUUCCCCCCACAAGGGCCGAAGAAAACGACAGCGAGGAGAGAGGAAGGAUCUGACUGUAAUCUCUCGCCGCUGCUCUUCUCUUUCGGGCUCUGGCUGGAUGAUCUGAUUUUGUUAACAGUGAGCCUCAGAUAGAUAGUGGCCGUCUGCUGCCCCCACCACCAUCACUACCUCACCCUCUCCAUCCCCACCUCCCCCCUCCUCACACACGCACGUCUGCGGCUCAGUUUGAACGUCUUGAUUAGCGAAGAGCAAGUAAGUCGAAACACUUUUGUCUGCAAGGCGGCAAAGGUGUGCGUGCACGUUAAUGAACAAUGCCUCGUUGGGUGUGAGGGAGAAUCAGUGUGUGUGUGUGUGUGUGUGUGUGUGUGUGCGCGCGCCUGAGCUUGGCAAGCUGCCAGGGAAUGGACACAAAGGAUGUUGAGUGGCUGGGCGUGUGGCACAGCAUCACUGAGCUGCCUGUGGCCUCUGGGAGAUGGGCACAAACUGGGAGCAGAGGCAAAAGCAACUGCUGCCGUUACGUUGCCAUAACUGCUGCUGCAUGUAUUUGAGAGCUGCAAGGGUCAAUUAGUGCCAUUCUUAAUUUUUAAAGGCUGCAAAACUCACAGAAAUUCAAGGUUUUAUGAUAAAUCACAGAGGAGCAGAUUUGAUCAGUUUUUCUCGAUAAAAAUAGAAUUAUAAAAAAAAAUUGGGAGAUUUUUGUGCUUUGGAUUUUUUAUCUUUCAACUUUAGCCUUUUGUUUUAAAAGAGUGCAUCAAGAUCAGCAUAAUAUGUGCAUGUCAUAAUACCUACAAAACAAAAAAGAGGGGAAAAGGGAUUUAAUUUUGUAAAUAAUCGAUCUAAAAAUAUCAUGCAUUAUGUUUGUGCAACCUGCACAGAAUAGAAACAGAAUGACACCUGUGGUGCUCCGGCAAAAUGCACCAAGUUAAUUAAGAGACACCAUGGAGGGACCAAGCAGUGAACUUUUGUAUGCACUGAAAGAAAUGAGUGAAGCUGGCCGUGUGGGAGCAUUUCAGGUACACCAAGACUGAUCAUGAGCAGGACCUGUUUGCAAAAUCUGCACGGAAAGGAUCAACACGUCUAAAUCAAUGCAGUAUCAAGUUAAAGUAAUGCAUAAUAACUGAGUGAUAGAGGAGUCAGCUGAUUAUCAACCAGGCUAAUUAUCCUACUUUCUCUUUCCUUACCAAUCACCAGUCGAAGUAGUUUAUUAGCAUUGCGCCUCUUUGGCUUUGUUGUGGUGUGUCUUUUUCUGUCUUGGUUUGUCCCGCCCACAACACGCUGAUUGUCGUGACGUCAAAUGAAAAGUAGCCAACCAACACUAAAGACUGGUAGCAAAUGUUAUUCGGUAAAGGCGUUUAAAUGACGUCUUUUGUUGGAGUUUUUGUUUUGCAAAUUCUUGAAUUUUGACGGAAAGAUUGUCGUUUUGUUGUCAACACAAAUUGGUUCCAAAUAUCAAUUAUUAGACAAGUUACACAAAGAAACAUUGAGUUAGAACAGAAUUAAAUGUAAAUAUGUUGGUUACAUCAGAAAAAGUUGGGUUUUCUGUUUGAGGUAAAUAAAGUGGAGUGAGGUUUGGAGAAGAGAAAAUCGUCACUUUAGGACAGGUUUUGGUCAGGGACCUGUGGGUGAGGCAUCGUCCUGUCUGUUUGGAGUAAAUGCCGAGUGUUGUGAGUGAAAUACAAAGAUAGUAUCAUUAACUUUUACACUUCAAGCCUUUUAACUCUGAUAUAACAGGUUUGUUUGUUGAAAAACACCAAUUUCAAGUCAAAAAGCAACUAGUUCGAUUUUCGAAGAGAGAGGAAAAUUACUAAGCAGAAUUAAAAAUUCUGUGCUGUUUUAUUUUAUUAAAGUUUUUCAACAAGUUGGAAAAACUAACAAACUAAAAUGUCUAAAGAUUUACGCCUGAUUUUAGAUAUUAGAAAUGUAAUUGUGAUCAUCGUUAAACCGUGUUUAUUACCAUUUGUGUCUCAGUGUAAAUCCUGUCUCCGUGUGAUCACACCCUGAUUUUGUCGAAAAUAAAAAAGGAUUAAAUUCUAAUAUUGAUGAACCUCCAUAAAUUCAAAUUUUCUGGAGUCAGAGUCGAGGUUGUGCUGUCAGUCAAAGCACCCGAUACUCAAAAUUUUUAGGUCAUUAUCACUCAAAACAAACGAAAGCCGGAAAAGUCAUGUUUGAAAAAAGCUGGAAGCCGAGUAUAUUUUGUAUUUUUGCUUAAAUUACGACCUCAAAUCUGUCCGUUUCCUGUAACAGGCCCUGCUGGGAAUGGCAGGUGUUUGUUUGCCUACCUGUGAUUAUUUACAUGCAUGUUUGUGCUGUGUUUUGUGUGUGUGUGAGUUUGUGUUGUGUGUGUGUGUGCGCGCCUGUGUUUGUGGGCCAAGUUUCCCCCCCACUGGAAGCAGGCGGGAGCAUUAGGGUGCUGCCUGUACAACUCAGUUGGCAGGAUGGACACAUGUGGUAGAUAGCUAAUGAUAGCAUGCAGCGUAUAAUGAGAUCCUACUCUCCGUCUGUCUCCCCUACCUGGCAUCAUGCAUUAACCAUACAAGAGGAAGAGGAGGCACGCAUGGUAUUGACUUUUGAGUGGGUGUCUGCUUGUCCGUUGUUGGUUUUGUUUAGCACUCAGAGGUCAGCAUGGCUGCAAGCGCCGCACAUUUAUAACAAGUGUUUUUUUUUUUUUCUCUGUGUGUGUGUUUUAUUUUUAUUGCAGGAGUUUUUUUUUUUUUUUUUUUUGAGGCGAGAUUUCUCCUCAUCUGCACCUCUUGAGCUCUGUUAAAUGGUUGUAAAUUGAUUUUGGAUGUGUUGCAAUGUAUACGCUUAACAAGCCAAAUGGGUUCAGUUUGCGGGUUAGUUUGUGUGUUCAGAAGAUUAAUCUAUUAAUGUAUUCCACACACUCAUAAUCCACAGUAUGAGGCAUUGGCAGGGCUCCAUCUUCUUGCCCAGUAACAUAUAUUUAUCCUCUUCACUACACAAUCCUCUAGGCUGCUCAAAUCCCCCAGGGGGUCCCGAUGACAUGCUUACUAAUGUGUGCUUUGGAAACGGAGUGCUAUUGUAUCCCCUAAAUCUCACAAAGCACUGUAUGAUUUGCCCAUUGUCGUUAAAUCGCUUUGCUUGUGCCAAGUACUUGCAUCUCACAGAGGCUUAAUGCUUUGAGGGUUUCAGGGACGGCUUCGAGUUCCUCUUUUGUUGAUUUCGGGGAAUAGUGCCAAGACUGCUGCGCUGAAUAUUGUUUUGAGUAUGGAGGAGGGAGGGGAAGAAGGGCCAUUGCCAAGCGACUCCAUUGAGCCCCGUGAAUGGGCCAUUCAUAUUUAGGAGAAUCACCCAGAUGCCAUAUUGUUGGCUCAACAACGCUAAAUAUUCUCCAACAAGGAUGGGAUUGUAACAGGUUUUUGAAUUGUGCGAGAGCAGGGAGGAAAAAAAAAGGACGUUGGGAAAUUGGAAAAAAGCAGUCAAGCCUUCAGUCUGUCUGAAAGGAAUAAACAGCUUAGGGCAGCACCUCUCCAAAAUGAUUAUCUCUAAAGUUUGCUUAAACAUUUUAUUACUCCUGCAAGAGUGGAAAUAUUUGCCAAAAUAAUCCAUUUCCUUUUUCUCGUCAUGCAAUUCAAAAGGCCAUUUCAAACAGGUUUUAAAGCUUUAAACUCCUUAACAUCACAAUAUGCUCCACACUUUACAGUUCACCUUCGCUGCUCGAAAAAAACCUGGCUUCUGAUUGGGCCUUUAAUAGUCAGCUGAUUGUAAAUACAGCCUCUAAUUGGUCAACAGGGCAUAUAGCAAAGAUAGCAGCCGUUCAUUAGCAAAGUUGGCUAACAACAGGAAUCUCUCUGGGGAUUGAUUGUGGACAGAGAAGGUACGGUGAUUUUCUCUUGACGAUAGAAAAGACCCUUGAUUGCCCAGAAACAGACGACAUUUACAAGUGGAAAGAUGUCGGACUCACAAAGCGAGUGGAUUUUAGAGUAGGUCGAUACGUCAUACUGCUCUAUUUAAAGAGCUGUUAUUGUAAACAUAAUAUUGAUAACUUCCUUGAUUGAACGCCCCCCAUUUACAAGGCACGUGCAAACUGAGGCUACGUUCACACUGUCGGUUAAGACGCACAAUUCAGAUUUUUUGUUAAAUCCGAUCUUUUUGUGCGGUCGUUUACAUGACAACAACGAAUGCUGCAUCUAAUGUGAACGGAAUGUGUCCGUGAAGUCACCCGGAUGCGCACAAAGCAGGACGUGACAUUGUCAAACAAUGUUGACGUUUGUUGCAUAUUGAUGACGUAUAGGUGAGAUGAACGUGACCUGAGCGUCCACAGAUACACAUCCGAUUUAUAUUCGCUUACAAAAGAGGCCUGGGUCGGAUUAGAAAAAAUCAGAAUUGCAAAGUUCACACUUACAUGAAAAAAUCAGAUAUGUGUCACAAAUGGUUAAAAAAUCGGAAUUGACCUGCAGUGUGAACAAAACCUAAGUGCAUUAGUAGGUACACUACUAAACUGGUAAACUAGUUGGACCUGGUUUUGUUCUGAAACUGGUUUUUGAUUCCCAUCCCGGGCAUUAAAUAAACUGAGCUAGAAGUUCAAUCAAGUUGUUCAUUGUGGGGUGUAGCUCCAAAUUAGCUUCAGGAGCUCCCAGUGUGUGUUCAGGCCUACAUUAACACCAUGAUAAGUUGUAAUAUAUUUUGAUUUUGGUGUUACCUGGUUGCACAUUGACACCUACCCUCAACCAGAGGUUUCAGACAUCAAAAAUCUAUAUUUAAGAAUGAUAUUAUUGGUUUAUUUGCUUUUAAAGGUCAUAAAGAAACAUCAGCAUCGAUAUUAGUCUCUGUUGUAACGAGCCAAAACUCCACACAGGAGCUUUAACUUGUAGGUAUAUUGUACUGCCAGCCUUUAGCAUAAUACAGUCUUGAAAUAUCACUCUUUGCUGAUGAUACUGUAUAUUUAACUGAAAGACAAGCGGUUGGAUUUGGUCAACAAAAGGUUGGUAGUACACGACCGCUUAGGGUCACAAAGCGACCUUGAAUGUGCGGCUGUAAGCGGCAGACGUCCCGUCCCGGCACCGUCAAAGGGUCUACGACAAGACUUAACAAAAUGUCAUUGUGGUCUUUUAUGUCAUGCAUGCACUGAGUAUUAAUCACGGUUGGAUCUGUGCCUGAGAGGCUGAUCAAAUUUAUUGUUUGGCUGCACGGGACAGUAAUGGGUGUUUAAUUACUCAAUAAAAGCCCUUUUAUAGAUUCCCAGGCCUCCUGUGUGUUGAGCAAAUGGUAUUGAUCUGUCUCCGGGCUGCAACAUGAUAGCCUGUGAAGGAGAAUUAGAGCCGUUAGCCCGCUAGCGCUUUCUCAUUCAUUAGCCGCAUUAGCCAGAGGGUGGUAAAGACGUAGCAUCAUUGUUAAUACCAAUGUCUCCCAGGUUUUGUGUGUCUGCCUUGUGUUGUAAAGCUCCACGCAGCUCAUUUACACAAAUAUGGAUUAGAUGAGCAAUGAAUAACAUUGACGACCGUAGAAGGAGUUUCAAUACGAAUCUCCAGGAGAGUCGUGUUUCUUUUCGACAUUUCCCUCCUUACUGCCGUUUGACGCUUAGUAUAAUCCACAGGACUAAAUUUGACAACGCCCUCAGCCGAGCUGUGAGCUGUAUUAGUCGGGCUACCAUCUAGACUGCAUGUUUAAUCCCACCACUUCCCCACCUUCUAAUCUGUAAUCUGACGGCUCCUCCUCCUCAUCCCCCUCCUCCUCUUCCUCCUCAGAGGCCUAAUUCUGGAUAUACGUCCUCUCCCUCGCUCUCAAUGCUGUCAACUCUGAGAAGGACAGAAAAGCUGAAUGAUAAUGACAGUGAGCCUCGCUGCGCCUCCAUAUGGUCCCCCGUCCAUGCCGACACGUUUGGUGGUCAUGUCCAGCCCUGCAUGGGGUCCACUGUAUUUUUUAUUUUCCGUCCAACUGCAUCUGCCUCGCGUCUAUUGUUUCUUUUAUGUUCAGAGCGCACUACUGCUUCAGCGGACCAGCUCCACUCCUCUUGAUGCUCGGCGAAAACCGGCGCAGUAUCUCCCUUGAUGUGUCUAUAUCAAAUGAAUGUGGCCUAUUACAAACGUGGUGGAGUCAGUUGGGUGGCUUUGUGGACGAAAAAGGGCCUGCAAGGGACCAUGAAAGAGACAUUGUCCAAUAUGGACCAUACAGUUCCUUUGUAGAUAAAUGGAUUUUCAUGCUUAUCAACUCGGACACUGACAUGAGUGAAAACUGUGGAGAAUGUGGAAUUAUUCUCACUUCUCGGCAGUACACACCAACAACUGUAGAUUCAAGUGUGUGUGGUCUUUCAUUGUCCUGCAGCAAGGUUUUUUAUUUGGUGUAACAUUCAAUUUGGAACAAUAUGCACCAGUAAAGCUCCUGACGGGCAUCGCACAAGCAGUCAGCACAUCUUUCUGGGAAAAUAUUACUCACCAAUCUCCACACAUAACUUUUUUAACUCUUGGUGUAUUCUGCAUCUGCGUGUCGAGGGGAUUAUGUGCUAAAAUAUCUUAUGAAAAUCAAGUUUGUUGAAACAGAGAGAACAAAAUUUGCCUCUGAGUACAUUUGUCGACUAAAUCAAGUCUAAUUUGCUUGAAUUGAUAUGAUUAAAGCUCCUACAGGUAGUUUUUUGACAUGAAUGAAACAGGCUGAAAUUCAUACUAACAGUACAUUUAACCGUAAGGGUCCUUUCACACCGGGAGCGUUUUUUUUUGUGCGAUUAUCUCGGACGUCAGUUUUUUUUUCCGAACCUGUUUCCUGUCAAUACAGGCGUUCACAUCAGCGACGUUUUCCUGUCCUGCGAUAUUGCGGCAUUUUUUUUUUCGUAUCACGGUCUGACCAAUCAGAUUUCAUGUUGUUGCGACGUCAGAUUCACCAGUAUAUCCAACAUGGCCGACCGGCUGAUUGUUUACGUGUCGGAGAACAGAGCGACUUUUGAUGAAAAACACAAAUAUUACAAAGAUAACGACCUGAAGGACAACUUGUGGAGAGUCAUAGCGUCGGAUUUCUCAUAUGACGAUGGUUUGUGUUCUUUAACAGUUUGAUAAACGUCUUUGUUUUAACUUUCAUCUGUGCUAAGUAACUUUAGCUCGUAAGCUAACCUGUUCAGAUACAACAUACCAUAUGUAUUUUCACUGUCACAGCACCAUUAGGUCUCGGUUGUUACCUUACGUUUAUGGAUUAUAGUUUAAUGUGUUUAUCUGGUACUGGCCCCGACUCAGUCCAUGCUAUCAUGACAGACAGACAUCUCAACACUAGAGUCUAAUCAGAACUGAAAAACACUUAGUCUGCUGUUGUGUCAGUCUUCUCACUUCCACCCGGGACGCGUCUUUUUUCCCCCCAGGAAAAUCGCAAAAUCGCAUCAGGCUUGAUGUGUACAGUCAGGCGCGUCAAAAUUCACCUCCAAAUAUUUCGUACUUUCGCGUCAAACAUUUGCACCAUUCCCGGUGUGUAAGGACCUUAAGUCUGAGAUUUUUCAUUAAAAGUAGAGGACAGGAUAAAUUAAGACUGUUUUGUCCACCGGGGGCACCAAAGUUGAGUCAAACUGAAAGUUCUUCACUGGAGCUUUAAAUGACAAACUGACUGCACAUGCACGACGAAGUACGGCAGUUUUUGUAAUUCUAACUUUUGGUUUAAAGAGGUUUGACGUUUAAAUAAGUCAGUUUUAAACAUCUAAGCAGCAAAAGUGAUGUUUGCUAAAGGAGAGUAAAAUACCAUGAGCUUGUAAAUGUUGACAACAAGCUGACAGAGAGGUGAGUCUUUGUCAUGAUGUUGGUCAUUGUUUCACAGUAACAAUAAAUAAUAAGCUAACAGCUGACUCUAAAUGGCAGGAAGAAGUGAAAAUUUCCUUUUUAACCUCCAAUUACUUCCUAAAAUGACCAAAACUAGUAACCUAACCCGGUUUGUAUUUGCACAUCAUGGGCUGCAAACUGUAUCCUGAGCCACCGCUCUGUUUAGAUGCACUGUUGUCAUCUCAGGAGUGUGUACACAUAUGCAAACAUGCCCACACACACACACACACUCACAUUAAACCCCGUUCACAUUCAGCCGCCUGUGGGGUGCGAAUGAGAAGCGAUGUCUACUCGAUGCAGAGCCAGUGAUCUAGGUAAUCUGCCUGUGCUGUGGGACAGGUCUAUUGGUCCACAAAUCAAUUGGCUUCAUGUCCGUGCCAUUAGGCUAACAUGGCGCUGCUGAGGCGCUGAGAGCGGUAAACAGACUGUUUAAUUCCCCUGGACACCGGCCAGGUGGACACUCCUCCUCCUCCUGCUUCCUCCUGAUCCCUCAGUUUUAUUUUUUUUUCCACCUCCCCUCGUUCUUCUAUCGUCCUCUUACAUUGACUCCACUUCAGUCAAUGCGGUUAUUCUCAGCGGACGAGUGCUUACAGGAAUAUUGCUUGGAGGGGUUGUGUGUGUGUAUGUGUGUGUAUAUAAAGAGGAGAGAUUUUGGCCAAUGAACCCUUGCUGUGCUCUGUCCUCCAGUACUGUGUCUAUACUGAGUAAGUGAUCCCUUGGGAUGCAGUACACACAUCCCUGCCUAUCUCUCUCUUCAUUUCUCUCUCUGUCUGCGUGUCUCUCUCCCUCUUCUCUUUCUCUGGAUGUUUGUCUUUCUUUGUUUCUCUCACAGUGCAUCUCUUUCCCAUUCUGUUUCUGCCUCUGUCUGUCUCUCUCUUAUAUAUUUCCUCACCCCUCCUGUCUCCUUUUUCCCCCACCUCCAGACAGAGGAAGCAAACAAGCACAGCAAUAUAUCAGAAAAACACAAACCCAUGAUUGGAGAAAUGCAGAUUGGAGAAGUUUCCCACUCUCUCUAAUGUGCAGAAACAUCGAAUAAAACACCUCAGUCCCCUCUUCUUCUCUCCCUAUAUAAAUGCGACUAAUGACUUAGCUUAUGUAUACAUCAGCAAUUCAAUUUAUCCACUUCAACGCCAGGCUUCGAAUCCAGUCUUUGUGCUACAGUAUGGUAAUUGAGCCAGCGUGUCUUGACAGAUGAGCGUUGUUGGCAGUAUCACUGUUGUGUGUCUCAUUUCCUGCCGCUGUUUGACUGAUAAGAUAAGAGGCCUGUAGCCACGUCUGAGAGCUUUCGGAGGGACUAACAACCUGAUGAACGGCAGCGCUAAAGCCGUGAUCCGUGAUUAAGAUGAUGGAGGAGGGGGGGCGGGAACGGCGUUGGCUCUGGCACUCGCAGGGAAAUCUGUACAGGAUAAACACAGAUCUGUAGAAGUUAAAUUUAAAGCAGGCUGUCACUUUAUCAUGAGAGAGGGGAGUCAAAAAUAACUCACUUUUUAUAUCAAUUUGUGACUUUUUAACAUCAUUUCAACGCAGUUUUACUUUUACAAAAUUAACAUGAGAAUAGUUACGCUUAAAGGUUAAAUGUACGCUCUAAAUUAUCUCAGUUUGCUUGUUUUUUCCACCCUAAAUAUAAAAAGUACCUUUUUUUAAUUGUAUGCUUAUUCAUUUGCUCCCUGACUUUAUUUAAAACAAGCCUUUUUUUACAUUUAUCUGUUUGUUUUCUUACAUGGAAUACCUUUAAUUUUUUUUAACUUUAAGACUCGAAAGCUGAAAAUAUUAGCAUUUAACGAUCUAAGACUAAGACAUAAUCAAUACGACAGAAGUUUUCCUUACUUUUAACACCUCCCCUCAUUAGUUUCCAGAUGAAUUUGUUUUACAGCUUAUUUAUUGCCUCUAUAUUUUGGUUUGGUCUUUAAAAACACAGGUUAUGUUCGUCUGAAUUUGAUCAUAUUUUGAGCAUAUUCAAGGGAUCACACAUUUGACAUAAAAGUGCAGUUAUAUAUAUAUAAAAAUCUACCAUCCCUGUUUAAAGGUGGUGAUUUUCCAGUAUAUAAUGAUUGCCUGCCUUGUGUACAGUGGCCCCGGCUGUGGUCAUUUCUCUAACCUCACAUAAUUGGGUAAAAAUCGACACAAGACGAACAUUAACUCCACAUGAGUGACAUGAGGCAGCAUUAACCCCUAAAAAAUCAACACAGUAUCCAUACAUGGUCUUUGAUUUCCCCAUAAGGCCGGAACAUUUUGCUGUUGCUAGGAAACGCUGCAACCCUCGGACACAUCUGGUCAGCUGUUAGUGCAAGUUGUUGACAAGGGCUGGAGCAUCUGCAACAGCGUGACAUUGUUUACAAAAACCUCCCUGUCAAUCAGAUUUUCAGUGGCAGAAAGCACGCACGGCAGCUGCGUUUCCACGAGGCAGGGACGGGCGAGGUUUAGGGACACGAAUCUGAAUUUAAAAAAAACUGUAAAUGUAAAAGGCGUUAAAGGUUGGCAUAAAAAUAAGGUAUGGCUAAAUGUCUAAUUUCAGAGGAAGUUACUGUUUCGUGACGAGUUUUCAAAAUGAAAAAUCACGAGCUGGAUUUCAGGCUGUCCUGCCGGCCCUGCGUUUCGUUCCUCGGCCUUGACUCAUCUCCCUCCUGGGACCUCGGCGGUGGAAUGACAUUCAUCUUCCAACAGGACGGCAGAGUCACUCCUUAUCUUAUGUCACAGCUCAUCUCUUCAAUAAAUAAUCCCUUUCCUCCUCUCGUUUUUCGCUGUUCUCACACCUAUCUACCUGAUUAUAUCCCUGCACAGACAAGAAGACGUCCUAUCUCCUUUAUCGUCAGUAUUUGUUUAUCAAAGCAAACUUAAAUACAGUCAGAAGUGGAGUUUUGAAAUCCUGGAAACGUUUUGAUUUGUCCAUUUCAGAUACACUUCUUUGGUUUUCGUCCAGAUGACAAACAAGCAAAGAUCCUGUGUUUGCCUCGGGGCUGCAGCGGCGCCCCACAGUAAUAAAGCAGUAAUUAUUUAUUUAGUAUGAGUGAAAACAAGACUUUCUAACCGCUGCCUCUGUGAGAAAUAUUGCACAGACGAUAUGUGAAAGUGCAUUAAGUUGCCAGCGUGCACACAAACAUCCACACGGUUAUCAAGGUCCUGGUCUGCCUCACUCCAGAUCAGGCAGAACUGGAGGGAAAAUGCAGAGAAGAGAGCAGAGAGGUAUUAAAUCUCUCAUUUUCUCUGUGCUUCACAGCUUUAAUGGCAUUGAAUGGGAUGUUACACAACAGUCUCCUGGAAGGAUGUGUUAUAGUUGCUGCUAAUAACAUCAAUUAUUGCCACAGCGCUACUCCAAUGUAACCUAACAAACAUUUAAAAACAGAUACGGGCGCUCUGUUUGCUCAGUAAACAGUGUUUUUAUUGGCAGGGGUUCGAUCGAGGACGCGAAAUCGUCGUAAACUUUGUUGAACUGAGGAAAAUUAAAACACACACACAGAGAGAUGACGGAUGUCCUGGCUUCUUUCGCAACAGGCUCGCGAGUUAUUUCUUUGCUCUGGCUGGAAUGUCCAGAUCUUUAUCAAGCAGAGGACAUUAGUUGGCAGUGUUGUAGAGUAAGCAAUUCAAUGAUCCGAGCUGUUACUGGAGACGACACCGAGACAAAGGCUUGAAUAUGAAAUAAUGACGACUGAACGCCUGGCUUUUGUCCUGAGACCUACCAAAAGACAAAAAACAGCAUUAAAUGGUUAUUUCUUUGACAUAAUAAACCUAAAGACUCCCAGUUUUCGAGGUAUCUAGGUAAAAGUUACUCAAAAAUACAAGUUUUCAUGAUACAACUUCUAAGGGGAAUAAGACCAAUGGCGCCUCUCUUAAGCUAGCUCACACUUAUAUAUUUUAAUGCUCUCAGGUUUCCUAAUUCAGCAAUUAGCCCCAUCCAAAAAUGUUUUCAUCAUGUUGUCCGGUAUAAAGCGCUUCCUUGUGUUACUUCUUCAUAAAAUUCGUGACCUGAUUUGAGCAGCUAGCGGGAAACAAAGCUUAAUAGUUUUCGCUAUGUUACGCUAGCUAAGAGUGAAAUAGCCAAAUCAGUUAGCUCUACCUGCAGUUUAAACAGGCCGUAAAAUUGGAGAUAACUUUGGCCUUUUUUAUAAUGAUUGGUGAAACCUUUUUUAAAAAUUAACACUUUUUUCUCGAGUUUAUUCACUUCGCCAGGAUACAGCAGCGCUCGCUGGUUCUUUCUGUCAUGCUAGCUCAGAAAAAUAACAGCAGUAGUCGAUAAAUAUGCCAAACGUUAUGAAUUUUCCCAUUUUCUGUUGAUUGUGUUUAGAAGGAAGUAAUUUUUAAAGUACAAGAAAUGUUGAUGCACGUUUUGGCCUCUUGGUCCGGGACGUAUUUGGUAAUUCGAAGGCCGAUCUCUUUGAUAAGUGGUUUGUUUCUACCUUUUAUUCUUGUCAGUUAUUAGAUUAAGACAAACUGUGAGUCACUUUCAGGCGUAGCCAGCCAGAGACCUAAAGUGUGGAUGGCAGCUGAGCCUAAGUGGCCUCGACAGCAGCAGGCUGAGUACACAGCUUUAUUUACUUCAUAAGUAAAUACAGCAUGUUUUUUUAUUACCGCGCCAGCACGGCUGAUAGAACCUGCCAGCGGUGGUUGUCAUUUCAGCGAGUAAAAUCAGCAGCCGGCGGAUGAACAGGCAGCCUACUCGUGUGUUCAACGCCUGUGAAUGUGAUUACAGGCAUUGAUCGAUAGACAAUGACACGAUGCCAGUGCGUGUCACCUGAGGAGAGUGUGUGUUAGUGAGAGAGAGAGAGAGACGAGUGUGUGGGUGACUGAGGAAAACAGGCGAACAGAGAGGAAAGGAAGUGUGUGUAUCCAUAUGUUUGUGCGUGUUGGCCCAUAUGCCGGCGUUCGCACAUUCGCAUACAUACCGUACACGCGUGUGUGUGUGCGGGUUUGUGCGCUGGUGCGCGCCUGUUACACCCAGAUCCAGUGUGGUAAUGUGAGAUCAGACGUAGCCUGUUAGCCGAAGCCUUACAUCUGCUGUCAGCCGCUCGCUCUAACUCUGUUAAGGACGUUAUUGAUUGCUCAUUAUUACCCCGUUCCCUGAAAGAUGAGCGUCCCCUAUGAUCACAUUAAAUCUCUCCUCUGUCCAAUUCUCCUGAGAUGCCUUCUGCUCAUCGGUGCCCAUCAAAUUUCUCCUCCGAGAUCUGAUAUCAAGCAGCCUGACGUUUUUUAUCGCCUCUGGUUCUCUUUGCGUCUUGUUUGAUUUACUCCGAAUAACUGUCUGUUUUCUUUCUUUCUUGUGUGUUUUUUUCUCUCUCUCCCCCUCCUCUUUUCCAACACAGUUUAGCUAAUUGAUGUCUUUAGUCUGUGUAAUGGAAAUCAGCCAACACGGAUGAGCAGCAUUUGAAAUUAUGAUUUGUUUUCUUUUUAUUAGCGCAAAGGGACGCGUCAGGUUUUCAUGUUAACUUUGUGAUCCGUGUUUAUUGACUUGAUAGCAAACAAGAUGAGCUGACAAGGGAGUCAUAAUAUGUACUUUAUUUUUCACUCUGGGGCUAUUUUAGCUCUGUAAAAAUUUAUUUAAAAGACACCGGGGCUUGUUUGUGACUAAGAGUUUGUCUUCAAGUGAUCGUGUCAAACUUACAGUCAAAACAAGUGAAUUUGUUUCCAGACUCGCCCCUAAGGCCCUCCCCCCCUCUCUUCUUUCAAGUUCCUUGCCCUUUCCCGUGCCGCACGUUGUCAUUUUCGCUGACGAUAAGCAGUUGUUGAAGGUGUCACGCGUCCGCCAGCCCCUGUAAAGUUUGGGCCCUGUUGAAAUCCAGCCCUCAGUGAGAGGCCAUCUCAUCGGCCCCCGCCGUCCCCAUGAAUAAUGCAGAGCUAUCGACUGUGUCAGUUGAGCGCAGGGAGACGCGGCGGCAGCAGCCAGCUUGAUAUUCAGCUGCUGGAGCUGACUGGAUGCCCUCACUUUGAGACAAACUGCUGGCAGACUGCUCUGACUCGAACAGACAGGGCCCGAAUCUGCUCGUACGAGAUGUUUGUGUGGAGGUAGUUUGUGUCCCAAGGAGGCUCGAGGAGUGGGUAGAAAAAGACAAGUGUUCGUAAAUCUAUACACGAGCGUUCACAAAUAUUUGCAGUAUAUUCCACCCCGGAUUCCUUAAGUGCAGGCUGUGCAAACACGUAUAUAAACCAUACGUGCGCGUUUGUAUGUGUGUCCUCCAGCACCGCAGCCUGCUGAGAGCUCUAGUGAGAAUCUUCUGCCCCCUCGACACGACCAGUUCAGUCUCAAUGCCACCGAUCGAUGAGCGUAUUGAUCCGCUGUUUGACUGUUUAGACAACCUGUGUGAAUUCCAGCAUAAUGCGAGCCACAGUGGAUUUAAAGACGCACACGCCCCUCCUCUACCAACUCUGCCUACCUGCUGAACCCCGCACACGCCGCCGCCUUCGUACCCCUUACACCAACUUAAACCCGACUUAACCUGCGCACACGCCACUAACUCAAAACGGCGAAUCGGCAGCUGCCGUCGCGCCUCACGUUGCAGCAAGCGCCAAAAGUUUGGAUCCAACUCGGUGACCUGGGGCGACGUGUCCUCGCUCUCCCCUUUCACCUCACCUGUCAGCCUCUGCUACAUCCUGUAUACUGCGCUGUCACGCUGAGCCAUUAUGAUAAAUGACUCCAAAGUUUGUGCCGAAACUCGUCUUUAGCGGAGAGGAGGACAAAUAAGUGCGCUCUUAAAUUACCAUCUAAUAGCAUAAAAGCGUUACCUCUAACCUCCCCUCUGUUCUGGUUUUAUUUAAGACAUAAAGAGACUCCAUAUUCUCCCUUUUUAUGAGGACGUGGCGAGGGAAGGCGUGAGUUGGCAGAUCUCGCCAGGAUCCAUAUGAAGCGUGCAGGAUUUCGCACUUCAAACAUGCGCGGCGAAGGAUCCUGCGAGUUCACAAGGCUGGGGGUAGAGGUUAUCCCAGCCAGGGCCUCUUCAGUAAUCCACACACACACACACACACACACCCUACAGGCGCACACACACGUGCACACACACACACACCCCUCGCACGUGCGCCACUCACGGCAGGCGUUAAUCUCCACCAACUGCUGUUGAACUCUAAUCUCGCUCGCUUGCCAAGUGUUUGGUACACUGCAAAAACUCUCCGUGACGAGUCAUUCAACAGAGCGGACGCCUUAAAUUCGCGCUUUUCCUUAUGAGCCCUGGUGCUGCAGUGACAGCUCCAAAUAUUCAAUUAGGAUAAGUGGGAAGAUUUGUCGUGUUUCAGGAGUGAGUUUUCUCAAUAAAUUAUGCGUCUCGCGCCACAUUUGGCACCGUUUUUCGCUCUCGUUUUAGAAACUGCAAGAUUUAAAGGUCAUUACUUUAUAUUCUUGAAGUUAUUUCCUCGUUAAAGUUGACAGUUUUUCUAGUGUAGUUCUGUAUUUGGCAGCGACUUUGCUUGCUGUUGUGAGAAGAAGCAAACUACGGUGCUGUGGUCCAGUUUACUGUCUGACUGAGUGCCCCCCUUCCCACCCCUCUUCUUUCACUUCUACACACACACACACACACACACACACACACACACACACACACACACACACAGCCCAGUGCAGACAGACAUAAUGCAUCCACAGAUGGUGACACUCCGGCAGUCACUCCUGGGCUGUCUGUCUACGUGCCAGCGAUGCUAACGCACACACAUACACAGACAUACGCGCACACAUACACACACAGCCUGGCGGCAACAAACACGGUGAUGCAUCAUUGAGCAUCGGCUGGUUUUUCUCUAACUGCUGAGGGGAAAUCAGUGUGGUGUUAAGUAACCAUUCAUGUGGAGCCGGGACCACACACAAACAAACAUCGCACCUACACUUCUAAAAAUAUGUGUUUUACCUCCGCAGAAGAAAAUAAUACGAUUGAAUAAUAUGAAAGUUUCUCUCUUCAUAUUAUUGACUACCAAGUGGGAUCAUUGAUAUGUUAAUACACUCCAGUAUCACUAUUUAAUUCCCAUGACAAAUAUAUCUCUGCGCUUUCAAACUCUUACUUGAAUUGUGAUAUAUUCAUUUGUUGAUGCAUUGUUAAUGCUUCCACUCUGGACCGGAGUAUGCUGUGUAGGUAAUCGCCCACUCCGGGGCUGCGGCGCCGCUGUUUGUGAUGUGGCUCUUCCUGAGGAUUGUAUUUGAAUAAUGAGGGAGGCUGGAGCGUUUUCUCUUGUGCGGAGUGUCUCCGCGCCGCAGCUGUAAAUGACCUCUGAAUAGUUGUUUUGGAUUAGCCAUCAAAGUCUUCCCUCCAAGUGGCCAAUAGAUAGGUACUUCCAGAAAUGAGUCACUUGAAAAUGAUCAUCGCCGCCGUUGCCGUAUAAGAUAAUGGAUAACCAUUACACUCCAUUUUCCCCAGCUCCUCACCCACACAACGCCUGCUCUUGAAAUAUGAUGCAUCCACUGUGCUUAGUGAGCACUUAAUGUCCAAAAGCACCGUGUUUGUUGAGAUUUACAACCACGCUGGUAAGAGGUAGGAGGGGGGAUAGAAGAAGGAGAGUGUCGUCGGUGUAUAAUGUUGUUCACUCAAUAAUUAUCUCAUUUUAUUUACGAAGACAGACAGCUUUAGUCGAGGUUAGAGGCUUCCUCUCUAUUAUCUCCACCUGCCACCCCUCUGCCGCUAACCCCCCACUCCUCCCCACUCUCCUCCCCGCUUGGCCCUAAAUGACGUCCUUCAUGUCGAGGACUUUCCAAAGUUUCUAUCAAAAGAGGAAGAGAGGGAGGAUAGCGGCGGGAGGGGGGGAAAAGUCACUCUCCUGCAUUGGUAGCAGGGAUCGAUGUCAUUUCUGAAAGGAUUAGGCCUCCUCUCAGAAAUCUAUUUUAAUUACUGAACACACAGGUAAACAAAGUGCUGGUGGUUCACAGGUAUGGAUCCGGGCGUCAGAGGAGUAUUGAUAGCAUGUGGCCUCAUGUUAACCUCAGGGCAGCUCUGAAAGAUCCUGUUGAUGCCCCUCAGGUGGAAGCAGCAGCAGUCUGAGAGGUGUUUGUGGGGAAUGCCGAUGGAGAUGUACAACUAUUCCUGCUGUCACCUGACAGAGCGGCGACUGCAGCGGCGGACGCUGGAGGUUUAAUUGACACCAGCGUAGGAGGAUGUUUGUCUCACUUUGUCUGUAAAGUCUCCAAAGGAAGUUCAUCCAGUGCAAUUUGUGUGCUCUAAUUAUAACGCACAAAUACGAUCUCUUUGUAAUUGUAUCAACUUAAAGCUCCUGUCAAGCUUUUUUUAGUCUUCAUCUAUUUUGACGUCUUUAAGAGACAAAGUGCUACAUCCUAUUAUUUUUCUGAUCUUACUCAGUAAAAGAUAUCGCUCACUGUGAACUCAUGACGCCUGACACCUACCCUGUGGCAGCAGAUACACCUUUAAAAAUCACAGUAUAGAUGCUGAUGAUUUCCAAUAUCAGUUUCCGUUUAUUUUUAUACUAGCUAAAAACUCCUUACAGUAGCUUUAACGCGUUUAGUAGGAGUAUUAAAUUCUGAAACAUCAAUAUUAAAGCUCCUCUAACUCUCUUUACUUUAAAUCUAAAGAGGCCUUUAUAACAAUUUGAGUCAUAACUAGUAAAAAACCUCUCAAAGUAGCAUUAAGAAAUGUUCGUUAAAGCUCCUGAUGAAAUAGAAUGAAAUUCAUGCUGCAGCAUUUCCAUGAUAUCCAAAAAGAAACCAGACCAUCAGUGUUAUGGUUGAUAAUAUUUAUAUACUGAUUUUUAUUUCCUGUAACUGAUGCAAGGGGGUAGGUGUCAGUGGAGAGGUUGAAGAGACAGAUUCUACAUGAAAUAUCUCAAAUAAAUCAUAUUUUUGACUGAUGAAAGUCAGUAGGAUCAGAUUUUUUUUUUUGUCAAAAGAUGAGAUAGGAGGCAGCUCUUGAUUUAGUGUAAUUUAAAGCUCCUGUGAGGAACUUCUCAUUUGUGCCCCCCAUGGACAAAGCUGCCUUGGCUUAUCUCUUCCUCUAUUGUCUCAUCCUGACUUUGGCCAUUAAAAAGUAUCACUUGUUUUGAUUAUUUUACAUGAAAAGGAUAAAACAAUGUCUGUUUCUCCAGCUGUUUGGAUGACACCUACCCUCCCACACAGGGUUCAGGCUUCAAAGUUACAAUAAACACAUUGCUGAUCUUGUUUCUGAUGUUUUUGUUUGCCUUUAUAUGUCAUCAAAAGGCAUCAGUGUGAGUUUUUGUCUGUUUCAUAAAUGUAAAAAAAACUCCUUAAAGGAGCUUUAAAGUCGGGCUGUUUGCUGUUUUCACACUGUGAUGAAGCAGCUACAGCGUCCCCCUCCUCCUCCUCCUCCUGCUGCUGCUUUAAGUUUCCGCCUAUUCGCCGAGCAUAAAAGUGCAGCUAAUCAGACUAAUGUCAGUGGGUAACAAAGAGCAUGAUUUGGGAGUUUGCAGACCCGUGGAUGAAACUAAAUCAAAGCAGCUGACGGUCCAGACCUGUAAUAUGUGAGGAGAACACAUGCACACAGAAAGGAGGAGACGCUGUUGCAUUAACCAGGAAUCCCUGGACGUCAUUUAGCGCUGAUUCCCCUUCUGCAUAAUUCUUAACGUGCAACAGUUUUAUCCUUUAAAAAAUUAAAAGUUAAAGUUUGAAGGAGCCGCCUCUCACACUGGUGCGACUGAGCAGCAUUAUAUAUUAACAUGGACUUCAUAGCUAGUCUGAUAUGCACAAUAACGGUAUUUUAAACAUGCAAUCAGUUGCAAUUAAUUCCUGAAUAAUUGCACAAAUAAGACGAAUCACCGCUGUAGAUGUAAGUCUUCAACGUUACGUGAUGAAUUAACCAAUCACAGGACAGGUGUGUGAUGUAGUUUGAGCCCCUUUACCCGGCAGACGAUGUUGUCCUGGCACUCGAGUCUCCACAGAUGUUUAAUUCACCAGAUAAGAAUAAUCGCUCUGCCUCAGCGGGCCUGAUGUUUCUCUGCAUGUUUUAUUUUGUCCUGCCUUCAUUCUGACCGCUCCUGUCUCUGUGUGUGUGUGUCUACGUGUGUGUGUGUGUGUGUGUGUGUCUUUGAGGAAGGAACCCCGCGUCGAGCCGGGUGAUUAGGCACGCUGCGCUAGUCACAGGAAAUGGAGUAGCUGACGGACAGGCCGAGUGCAUUAUAGAUGAAUGGCCAUGCGUUAGCGGGCUCCGAGCCCCCGCCGAAUAUCUCUCAAUUUCCUCUCUGAAUGACAAAAGAAGCCACGCACAAUUUCCUUGAUCCGGAGCAUUUGUUUAACUGCGCCCUACCCAUUUAACCCACCCAUUCAAUAGUCUGUCUAGUAAAAGGAAAUUUAGACAGUGUCAAUUUAUCCAGCUGUAAGGAAGAUCUGAUACAGGCAAGCUGGCAGGGGCGGCGAUGAUCCGCCUCUGGAAUCCACUAAGAUGAUUUAUUCUGCGCUCUAAAUUUAGAUUCAUCAUUAAAUAAACCCCCUAAUAUUUUUAAAGCUCCAACAUUUCCAUACGGCGAUGAAGCCCGUUUCUGAUCUCGCUCUUAAAACCGGCUCCACAAAGAGGCGCUGAUUUCAAAAGUUUGAUGGUCGGAGCUGCGCGGAAACUUAUCAGGAGGUCAAAGAUCGCAGAUUACAAUGAAUAUUUGAUUUUUUUUAAAGACGCCGUCAUUUGUCACAUAUCCUUAUAUCCCGGCUCCGAGCUGUCAUUCGUACAGCAAUCUCCCCCUCCCCUCCUCUCCGUCUUUGAGUUAGUGACAGCUCAUCUCUCCCGGUCACUGCUCGCCGUCUAGACUUUGAACUCGCUCUGUUUACUCCCUUUUUCUGUCGCUGUUGUUGUUUUUGUCGUUGCUAGUCGUCGUAAUGGUAAGCUGCAGCUGCGCUUCAAAGGGGCGCCGAUUCGGGGGCUCGGUUGGCACUUUCAGAGAGAAGUCUGGGGACAGUUUUGUCGCUCGUCGGAGGAAAAAUUUAGCUCGUCUGUUCGCCCAAAUUGUCUUUUUUAAUCAUUUGGAAUCGCAAAAACAAAAAAAAAGGUCGAUGAUGGGGUACUUUUUAAUUUUUUUAGCUUCGUGUGACACUUUUCCUCAAACGAGCGCAGGGUUGUAUCUUUGAUGAGUGUGUGUGUCUUUUUUUUUGUGAGUGUGUGACACAAGCUCAUGACUAAUUUCAUAAUUAAUUGCCUUUUGGAGGACCUAAUCACAUUAUUUGACUCUCUUCUGUAGCUCGUGUGCCAAUACAGCAUAGCCUGUGGCUUAGUCACAGUGUGCCGGACUCAUUAACAAGGUGGUCCGGAGGUUGUCAAACACACACAAGGGCCUGCGAGCGUGAGACUACACACACACACACUCACACACACACGCGCUCAUGAGACAAUAGCUACAUUUGGCGCAUAUUCCUGCGUUUUUUCGCAGCGAUUUGGAGGUUAAAAGAUGCCCUCUGGUGUAUUUGAUAAGGAUUUGAAUAACUGGCUGGUUAGAUUUCCCCCGUGGUGUGUGAAAACAGGUCUCUCCUGAUGAAGUUAUCGCCUGUCACGCCGCUCCUUCCCCUCCUCCUACACUCGCCUUGAGAUGCAGGAGCAGCUCUUAAUAAAAAUAUGACACCGGUUUGAUAGUUUGUUGGGUUUUUUUUUCAGCGUCUGUUUGCGUUGGAAAGACAGAAAAGGCCGCACGUUUGUACGUCUUGUCACGGAUUUUGUGCGCGUGUGUCCGCCGACAUGUGUGCCCGCAUCGCUUCUCCACACACACACACACACACACACAAAUAGACAUGCGGCUUAAUUAUGACGUUACCAAAAUGGGCAGUUUGCUCUGACACCCCGCUUGCAGAAUCACACGGCAGACAGACUUAAAAGAGCUCAUUAGCUCUCUCUAAAGAGCUGUUUACUGCACAUAUACGCACACAGCACAGUAAUAGGCAGCUCUGUUGAUGCAGAUGGACGCCGAGUGUAAUGAGAAUGAUUAGGCUUCUCUAUGUGGAGGCUGGAGAAGGAGAAGGAGAGGAAAGACGGGGAGGAGGAGGAGGAGGAGGAGGGGGGAGAAAAGGCGCUGGCAGACUUGAUGCUUCAGAAGGUGGAGAAGAUUUCUGUUGGAUGUUGUUUCAGCUGAGUGCACGAUCCCUCUCCCUCCCUCUCCCUCAACACAAACACGUCUCUCCGUGCUCUGCGUGUCCAUCUGAAAUGCUUUGCAAAUGUCCCACAGACCUGAAAACCCUGAGUGGAAAAAAAGAGAGAAGGAGGUAUGCUGCAGGAAAUAAAAAGGCAUGAAUGGGAAGAAUUCGGCCCAAGAUUUUGAUCAUUUUUUAAGUGCUUCAUCUUCCUGAUGAAAGCUUUAUCAGCAGAAACUUCAAGCAAACAGCUCAGCGCAAGAAGCAAAAUUUAAUCUGUGAAAGGAGCUGAUGGCGUUAAAAUAACUAAAUAUUAAGUCAAAAACUCUGAUUUUAAUCUGUUUAAUAUCAGAUCAGUGUUUUAAACUCUGAUAUCAAACUCUACGGAGGCCCUGAAGUCCCAAAAAGUACAAAAUUCUUGUGUGCACAAGUUGAUAUCUUGCAGGGACGAGCCACUUUUCUCGUGUGCACAAGCUCUUGGUGAUUAUCUUGCGAGAUCAAGUGGGCACAAGAUAUAAUAAUGUGUGCGUUCGGUGAAAUCUUGUUUCCACAAGAUUAUAACAAUGCUCACAUGAGUUAUUUCAUUGUGGGUACAAGUUAGUAUCUUGCGUGCACAAGUUAAUAUCUCGUGUCUACAAGUAAAUAUAUUUGUGCACAGUGUAAUCUCUUGUGAUCAUCUUGUUUGCGCUAGAUUAUUGUUAUUUUCUAUGCACAAGAUAAAAUAUCGUUUGCAUGAUUCAUAUACCGUAUAUCUUGCGUGCAUGAAACAGGAUCUAUUAUCUGUUCAGUCCACUUCCUAGCAACUUUCAAGGUCUUUGAAAGUGAGCAGUAAGUCGGCCCACCUUGAUUUUUCUCCCCCCGGAUGACCCCGCCCAUCCUGCACCAACCGCCGCCGCCACAUUAAGCGACUUUGCCUCGCUCGUUGCCCUUGGUUUACAUCACAUUGAAUUAGAGGAUACACACUGAAUGAGUCCAAAGUCAAUCCUCCUCCAUCCCUUUUAUAUGUUUUGGAGAAGGAGCAGCGAGUUCAAAGCGCUCAGUUCAAAGCCUCCGUCCUCAUUUGAAUAACGUGGAGUAAUCGCUAUUACCUUAUUUAAAUAGUGCAAGUUAUCAUUUGGCCUUCAUUUGCAUUGCUGGGGUAAUCACUGCGUCUCUGCAUUAACCUCAUUAUAGAGGAGAUGAAAGCCCUGAUGGAGGCUGACACACUCUUUUAUAUAUGUUAUCUUUAUUAAUGAUGGAAUUAGAAAGAUCCAUGUUUCUUUAAAUGGAGGACACAUCCGAGUUUGAUGGAGUGUCAAACUAUGUGGGGAGACGAGCGCGUGCGAUUUAAGGUUUGUUUUGUUUUGUUUCUUUAAUCCCCCCCUUCAUGCGGUCUCCUCUGCUUCCUCCCUUCCUGCUCUUCUACUUCCUCUCUAUUCUCGCUUUAUUCUCCAUCUCCGUCCGUUUUUCCGAACGCAUCCCUGCACAGAACCAGAGCGCCGCACGUAGAAACGAGGUCUAAACAGGCCAAUUCAUCAUAACGGCGCAAAGACAAAUCCAUCUUCACACGUCGUAAUCAAAUCAUUAUUGUUUCUAAACAGCCUGAUAGGAAGAUGUAGUCGCUUCCUUCGGAUGGAAAGAGAGAAAUCAAAGAUCUAUGAGCACAAAAAAGGUUCAUUUUAAUAGUUUAGUGUAAUAUGUGUUGUGGUUGGCACUUGAGUCUAUAUCGUCAUAAUCCGACUUUAUCACACGAUUAUCUCAAGCUAAGGUCACACACGUGAAGACAUUGGUGUCAUUUACUGACCUCAAGUAUUGGUUGUUAAUUAGAUUACUGUACAGGUAGAUAUUUCUAUGGCGCUGUAGAAAUAUAAAUACUAGAUUGGCCAGGCCAGUGAGAUUCUGAUGGCGCUGUAUGUAAGAGAGAGCUGAUGUCUAAAGGUGUGGCUGCCUUUUUGCAGGUAGACUUUCAGUUCUCCUCUACUGUAUGUACUUGAAUGCUUCAGGGCUAAUGUAGCAAUAAUUGAUAUUUUGUGUGCGCUGCUACACUUGCACUUCGCUCCAGGCUGUACAUCAAAAAUGAACCAGGACAAUACGCUCCUUUAAUUCUUUAAAAUUUGAAGACUUUGAGGCGGUCUGACAACACGGUCUUUGAAUCAUAUUAUUUUACUAUCAAUGAGUUUUAUAUCUGGUUUUGAUUUAAUAAAAUAGAUCUGUUUUGAGAGUUUCCUGCCAACUCUUUUAGUCGUAUGCAUUUAUGAAAACUAAGGCAGGGAGCGCAGCAGCGAAGACCCCCAGGAGCAGGCAUCAGGGUGGAUUAGCCAAUAGGAUUCAUUUGUUAUGAUCUGACUUGUAUGCUAAUAUGGGCUGAUCCUGAUCCUGACUAUACAGCCUGCCUGGACUAGCACUAUGCUGAAGUUAUUGUCCAUGCUGAGUUUGAAAUACAUAGUCACUAAAUAGGUUUGCUCUAUGAUGGAUUUACACACUUGAGUCUCUUUUCAGUCAUUGAGUGAAAGACCUAAUAUACAUAGCAACAGUGUAAAGGUGCGUACAGUCCAGGCUGCUGUAUAAGAUUCUUGUUUCCUGCCUACAGCCUUCUCUGCUCUUGUUUUGUCCAGUUUUCCUGCCUCAUAAUUUUCCCCUUGAAAUGCUGCCCUUUCAUCAUGCUGCUCCCACUUAAUAUAUUCUCAAUAUUAAAGGAGCCUCCCAGCUAAUACAAAACUUUCCACCGCUCAGCUCUUUGUCUGAGGCGUUCCCCGCUCGGUACACCAGGAGGGUGACAGGCUUGCCAGCCCCUGCUAGACUCCCCUCGGCUAAAAUGUUGUAAAUUAACACAAUUAGCAGAUCGCCAUUCUGCUAAUUAGCCACUGGCGUCUGCCGAGAGAUGGCUAGAGAGGAGAAUCAGAGAGGAAAUAGGAGUCUGGGGAUUCCCCCCGCCUUCCCUGUGUUGUUACCAAACAAACACAGGGCCUCAGAAAAGAGAGCAAGAGAGUGCGAACGUGUAUGUGCGAGUGCUUCAUUUUGUGUGUACGUCUGUGUUUGUGCGAACAUAAAUGGAAGGGAGGGAUGGAAGAUUUGCUCCAGCAUGAAUGGUUUUCAUUGUGCAUGUCUGCUCUACUCACACAAGCACAAAAACACACACAUAAACCAAUUCCGAAGCAGGGAUUGCUCACCAGACCCCCAACUGUGGAUCUCUACAUGCAACCGCUGCCAGUCAAUAAGUCAGAGGAAGCAGCCUAAAUGACACCGAUAUUAUCCUUUAUUUGUGUGCACUAAGUCAAAUCAAACGGGGUUCAAUCUGCCGUGCGGCUGCUGUGAUUACGCCCCGUCCAGCCUUUGAUAGUGCCACGGCUUUGAUAGUGAGACAACGAUGGAGUCGCUGUGUGACUGUCAGUGUUUGCAGAUGGCAUUGGCUGGGAUUAAAGGAAACAGUGGCUCUCCAGCCUCCUGAGGCAAUAAAGGGGAGAGCCAGGUGAGUGUGUCUGAGAUGAGAUGGAGCAAGGAAGGAGGGGAGGGGAAGGAGGGGGAAGAGGAGGAGGAGGGGAGGGAGCAAGCACAGAGGGAGUAAAUAAGAGGAGGGGUGGCCGCAGAGAAAGAGCAGAAAGGGAAUGAAAAGCAGAGAUAUAUAUCGAAAUAGAUGGAGUCAGAAUAAAGGAGAGGUGAAGAGGAAUAAAGAAGGAUCUAGCAGGAGGGGUGGUGGAAAAUGGUGGACCAGAAAAAGCAAAGAGAAGAGACUGAGGGGGAAGACAAGGCGGCAGGGAGGCAUAAAGAAGAGAGGCAGACAGAAAGGUAAAGAGAACGGUAGAGAGAGAGAGGUCAAGGUGGAGCUGUGCAGACAGGAACUAAGCUUGAGACACAAUGUGUUGUAAUUCAUUGCUCGCUACAGCUCCUGUGUGCGUGCCUGUGUUUGUCCGUCUGGGUCAGUGGAUGUGCGCUUGUGUGUGUGUGAGUGCGUGCACGUCAGCACGCCUGAGUGCAGGCAGAGAUAGUUUUUUUAAACGCCUGUGUGUCUAAGCAAGGGUUUGUGUGUGUGUGUGUGUUGGAUGAAAGCGCCACGAACAGAGGGGGGUGGAUGUGCAUGGGUGUGUGUGUGUUGCUUUGUGGCACUCGGCGAGGCACAUUUUCAAACCCAUCUCCAGCCACCUCAGAUGAGCUGGGGAUUAUAGAGUGACCCUCAAUGCCUCUGUCUUAUUGGUCUGGCCGGGGUGCAUUAGGCUGUCGUAACCAGCCAUCCCACCAUCCCUCUGUACUGCACUAUACCUGCUGACACCUCCAGUCCCCUUAUCAAUCAAUCAAUCAGACCAUUUUAUUCAGAUUGCAGCAAAUCAGAACAUACUGCCGUGUCGCAACCUCUUGUGUAUAAAGUCUAAACCAAUAAGGCCCAACAUUAAGCUGCUAAUGAAAGUUGCGGUCAAUCCCAACAGCAUCCCCAACGCCAAACAAAUCUCCCGAUGAUUGUCACUUUUUAAUUGAGCACCUUCCAUUCCAAACAAUUUAGAGGUGUUGUUAUUUUAAUUAUUGCUGAAAUUGUUUCAGAUUACCAGUGUGUUGACCUGCAGUCGUCUUUGUCACCGUUUCUUUCAGGCUUAAAGAUGCAGUGGACCCCCGAGCACAGCCAGUGGGCCGAACAGCACUUCGACAUCUCUUCCACUACGCGCUCGCCAGCUCACAAGGCCGAGGCCUACAGGGCGGUACCUGGCCACCUACAGCGCUCCGCCACCUACCAGUACGCCUGGGCCAAUGACGACAUCUCGGCCCUUACCGCCUCCAACCUUCUAAAGAAGUAUGCCGAGAAGUAUUCUGGUAUUCUUGAGAUGCCAGGCUCUUACCCUGAGGGGCCUGGAGUGAUGAAUGGACGGAAAGGUGAAUCAGAACCUUGGCAAGAUGGCGUCUAUCCCAUGAGCUGUAUCCCUGAGGGGGUGUCUGUCAGAAAAGGUGGGGUGGCAGCAGCUUCAGAGGUAGUGUCUGGCAUGUGCAGCUCCCCGGGUCUGGCUUCUAGCACCCUAAGUGAACCCAGCUACUCCAGCAGCAGCUGUGGGAGCCACACCGCCACCGCGCUCCAUUCUUCCUCCAUGCCCUCUCAGGAAUACGGCCCCUCGUACAGCGGCUCCUACCUGCACAGUAGUUACAGCUCCCAGUCUGCCCCCACCCCGGCACUGCCCUCCCCACUGCACAGCUCUGGGCUCCUGCAGCCGCCCCCUCCACCGCCUUCCCACCCCACUUUGGUCCCAGCUUACAAUGGAGGCUCCCCCAACUUGUCUAGUUAUAAUUACCCCCCAGCAGGCUACCCAGCUCAGAGUGCAGUAGGGCCAGGAUACAGCCCUGGGGGAGCGCCCCCUCCUUCCUCAUACCUCCCCUCAGGCAUUGCUGCUCCUACACCGCUCCCCCCUCCUUCUACUUUACCUGGAUACCCAUACCAGAGCCACAACCUGACCCCAAUCGCCCCCACUCCUCUCAACAGUAGCUCCUCCAAUUCACUCAAGAGGAAAGCCUUCUACAUGACAGGCCAAGGAGAGAUUGACUCUUACGGCAACUUCGGCUAUGGCCAGACCCGGAGCUCAUCGGAGAGCCCUAUGUACAGGAUAGCAGACAGCAGCAGUGCAAAUGGAGGCUCCAACAGCACCAGUGGUGGUGGGUUUGACCGCAGUGCAGAAAAAUCGUCCUUACCUUUUAAUCCUCAGAAGCAGUCUACGAUGUCAUCAGAGCAGAGGAAGUACAGCAGCCAGGCAACAGGUGGGCCCAUGACUCCACCUGCAUAUGUUUCCUCCACCCUAGGGAGUUCUCGCUCUGCAGAUUCCCUAGUCAACUUCACCUCCCCCUCCCUCAGUGAGCAAGGCACUGAGGACCACCGCCUUCAUAUCCCCCACUCAGCUCCAGGGCCUACCUCUGCAUCAUCCAAUCCCUCCUCCAGGCCUGCUGAAGAGCAGCUGAAAACCAGUGACCCUCACCUCCUUGACAUGGUUACCUCUGAAAUUGUUCAGCAAGGUCCCCCAGUUGAUUGGAGCGACAUCGCAGGACUGGAACUAGCCAAGGCAACCCUCAAGGAGGAGGUCCUCUGGCCGAUUCUGCGCCCGGACAUGUUCAGCAGUUUAGGACCGGCCCCACGGUGCGUGUUGCUCUUUGGACCCAGGGGCAGUGGUAGGACUUUGCUGGGACGCUGCUUGGCAAGCCAGCUGGGAGCCCCGUUCCUCCAGCUAAGCGGUUCCACGUUGGCCACCAAGUGGCUUGCAGACGGGGAAAAAAUUAUCAGAGCGUCAUUCCUGGUGGCACGCUGUCGGCAGCCCUCAGUACUGUUCAUAAGUGAGGUGGACAUGCUGCUUUCAGCUCACCUCAGUGAAGAGAGUCCCAUCAACCGCCUGAAGGGGGAGCUGCUUUCCCAAUUAGACUCACUCCUCAUGGGCUCGGGCGAGGAUGGAAGCAACCAAGUGUUGGUGGUUUGCUCCACAAGCAGACCCCAGGACAUGGACGAAGGGCUGCGCAGGUACUUUGCUCGCAGGGUCCUUGUGCCCCUGCCGGAUAGCACAGCCCGACACCAGAUCGUGAACCAGCUCCUGGCUCAAUCUCAGCACAAAUACUGCUUGAGCGAGGAGGAGCUGGCGCUGCUGGUCCAGCGUACGGAGGGUUUCUCCGGACUAGACUUGGCCAGAUUCUGCCAGGAGGCCCUGGUUGGUCUGUUACACGCCUCUGCACAGGGCAUGGACAUGACGGGUAUGAUGCCCAGGGGACAGGUCAGGCCACUUACCUACCAGGACUUUGAGAGUGUCUUUUGUAAAUUCCAAGCCAGUAUAUCGCAGAAAGAGAUUGACACAUACACUGAGUGGAACAAAAUGUUCGGCUGCAGCCAGUGAGAAGAAAGAGUCCGCCCUUGAGAAAAAGAGGCAUCCACAUUUCCUCCCCUCAGGGCAGAAGCAUUGUGCUGGAGGGAAAGGCACACAGAAGGCCAACACAAGCCCACAGAGUUCUCACAUGCAGGGUUUAGAUGCACCGAGAGAGACCUGGUUUUGAUGAGACUACUGGCAGUUUUGCAGUUAAUGAGCAAGAGUUUUAAUUUGAAUUCUUGACACUCCAGAAAGCCAGGCGUUGUUUACACAUUGCAAGCAAGUUGGCUUUGGAAGAGACGCCCCAGUGUCUGUGUAUAUAUCUUUAUGUUCUUGUUCUUGAGAUUUAGUUGGCUAUCUAAGUGCCUGAAGUGGUGCUUUCUGAGUUGUUUUUCUCUUUGUUGAUUUGCCUCACAAUCUGCAUUCAUGGCAUGAGCUGACGAUUAUUAAGAGCUUUAAAACUUCAACGGUGAGUCUGAAAAACAAAGAUUGACGGAAGCCAUAGGCGGUGGUCAAUCAGUCUUUAUUGUCUUGCUUAGAGCAGUAAUCCGUCAGGGUGGCAGUAGUCUGGACCCUGACUCACACUCAUCUCUCUGAUCCUUUGUCUGCAAAGCAAACAAACGUAACAAACAAAACUCAGGAAAGCGUUUGUGAAUUGUAUAGUACCUCAAGAUACCUUGACAAAAAGCACUAAGACCUGAGGGGGGAAUCCGAGGUGGUUUGGCAGUUUAGUUAAGCAGUGUUAGGUGUACCUCAGCUGGCUAGGAUUAAGAGCAAAGAGGUGACAAUGAAUGUAAUAGAUAUGUUCUCAAGUGAUGGAACAUAAUCAACCGUGAGAGUUAACGUUAUUUUCUUUCUUUUCCUCACAACAGGUGCUUUAGUUACCUGUUUCUACUUGACCAAUCCUGAAGCUUAUUUCCAUGGCUCUUAAAAAAAUGUCAAACCAUGUUGCCCAGCUUUGUUGUUUGGGGGGUUUCAAGAUGGACUCAUGUCAGGUGGGGGGAGCUGUGUAUUUAUUACAACAACAUAAUCAUUAUUGUUUAUAUUAGGCUAUCUCGACGUCGUGGUCAGACUGCGUUGGAGGCUCCAUCGGUUCGUCAGCUAAUUUCCGUGCGAGAUAGAUGCACUAAAAACACAUCCAGAUGAUUAAAUCAAUACGGGGAACUCCACAUACAGUACAAUGACAAGGGAGGGAGAUGUUUGACUCUUCUUUAAACUUGCUGUCUUUUGUCGUAAUUUACUGCGGUUCAUUUCAGUCAGAAACGCUGUCUUUGGUGUCAGAACUUUACGCCGUUUCUUUGUUAUUCACUCUGCUUCUCUGGUAGGAUGGGAAACUACUCCUAGAAUUUGAACUGGGCAAGAUCGAAGAAAAAUCAUGUCAUGAUGGGUAUCUCUCAGUUUUAUUAUAAAUACUGUCAAACCAGGGCGACAAAAAAGGGAUUUUAAUCGUGAUCGUCUUGAACAGUCUGGCCAAAUUCAAACCCUUGUCAGUAUUUCUGUCUGUCUUGAGCUGUUUUCACUUUAUUCACUCUGAUGGCACAAAGCACCUAACCCAAACGCAACUGGAUACAUAUUUCGGUCGACUGAGAUGCUUUGUAACGUGAGCGAGGAAUUUUGGGCGUUAGUCUGAAAAGUCCUCCUCUCCUGAAGGUUACCAUUCACCCAUUGUGUUGCAUUGGAAUGUAAUUUUUUGUCUUCUUUUGUCACCAAGCAUUACUGGUGUGAGAUAUGAAUACUUAAGAUAGUUUAAUGUACCUGCACUAAGGCAUUUUUGUGUAACGUUUGUUUUGUCCAUGUUUCAAUGCCAAUGGCAGCGCUUGAUUUGUUUUGUCUGGUGUUAUUCCCAAAGGAGAUUUCAUUCGCCACUUUUUAAAGACUGGCAUCGCACAUCCUGUUUGGUUAGGAAUUAGGAGCUCCGCGCUGUACGCCCAGGCCCGCUCUGUGCUGCUAUCUCUGCUCUGAGCGCCAUCAGUGCAGCACCUGAUGUGAAGAGGAGAAGGAGGGGGGGUAAAAAGAAAAAAAAAAAAAAAGUUCUGCUGAGCGUCAGCAAAAUUGACGGAAAGGAAAGACAGCCAGGCAGCGUGGCGGCAGCACAAGGGGAAAGCAGAGUGGUCCGUCAGAAAAACCACCCUCAAAACAAUCUGUACCAGAAUUCCUUCUGUCAGCAAAUCCUCUGGAGAGAGAGUCCCUUUAGACAGAAAAACCUACUAAUGCACUUCAGAGCACACAUCAACAGCACAGGCGUCUCUCUCUUCCUCUCUCUCUCUCCACAGCCGACAAACAAACGACUUGAAACACACCGGUCAAUGCUACGCUUGUUUGUUACGUGUUUUGUGGUCCUUCUUUUUGUGUCUUGACCUUAUUUUUCUACAUGGCGUCUGUUCUUUUUUUUUUCCUCUUCUUUUCUUUUCUUCCGGAAACCUUUCUUUAAACGGACGCUUGAGUUCCUCUUUAAAGCAUUUCUACCUCAUGGCUACAAAAACACACGUGGUAUUUGAGUUACGUCUUUCCAAAUGUCAGACAUUUGUGGAAACCGCAUUGAAAAAUUUUUCAAAAUAAAAGCGGGGGGAAGGGAAGGGGAGGGGGUAACACCGUGAAGUUUUGCGCAGUCUACCUCAGAUGACUGUACUUAAAACAUUUAGCUGAUGGUGCAACCGCAGGCUGCAGCAUAGCCUAGACAGUAGUGUGUGUGUCUCUGUCACUGUCAGGUCAGAGCUAUAGGCGAAAACACACACACUCACUCACACACACACACACACACACACAUACACACACACACACAUGCUAACAAUGACGUCAAAAACAAACUCACAAGCGCUUUGUGAGGAAGGAACAGUUGGAGUCGCCUCUAAGGGGACCCGGAAAUGUAUAAUCCAAUACAUUUGCUUUAAUCUUUUGUGAACUACUGUGGUUGUGCGCGUGUGAAUGUGUAUAUAUGUGGGCACACUCUUCUUUUUUUUAUUUAGUGUGUUGAAUUUUAUAAAUUGUUAGUAUAUAUAACACACUUGCACAACUUUAAACCAGAGUGUAACGUGUUUCUGUUGUACAUACCUAUACAUACAAUACAAAAUGCACCACUUGUUUAUAUGUGUGAAUAUGUUGCCAUACUUGCAGUCAACUUAAAUGUAUUUUCAUGUAAUCUUAGGUACAAGCAGCAACAAACGAUUCAUUAAAGACAUUUUCUUGGGAGAUUAUUU